ACGCGAAUAAUCCACAGACAAUAUUCAUUCCAUUAAUCCAUAAUUACAUCGAUCUUCACAGUUACAAUUUUUUUUUUUUUAACAAAAAAAUUUAUUUUCCUAAAAAAAUCAAGUCCCUUUUUUUUAGUUUUCUUCGUUUUGUUUCACAAAAAUAAAAAUGUUUAAGCCCAUUAACAAAAAUUUAUAUUGUGAUUUAUUACAUAUAUAUUUAUUGAUCAUAAUUAUUAUGUAUGACAGUAAUGACAGUAAUAAUUGCAACAAUAAUAAUAAUUAUGUGUAAAGAAUUAAGUGGAAAUUAAUCAUGUUGAGGAAAAGUGAUUUUGAUAAUCGCUAGUAUGUUAACUAGUGUGCAAUAAAUUCAAUUAAUUAAUUCAUUUAUUAAUUAAUUAGUAGGCUAAAGUGAUUUGUGGUCUAGUCAUACAGACUGAUUUAUUAUUAUUAUUAUUAUUAAUAAUUAAUUAAUUAAUUUAAAAAAUAUAUUUAGACUUGCGACUGAUUUUACGAGAAGUGAGACUUGAAUUUUUUAAAUUUUGAAAUAAAAAUUUAAAUUGAACUGAUAAAAUUUUAUUUUUAAAAUUUUAUUAUUUUUGUGAUCGGAAAAUUGAGUUUAAAUUUUCCAUUGCUGUGAGAUUUUAGUGAGUGAGUUAAGCCGGUGGUUGAGUGAUUUAUUGACCGAUUCAAAGGGUUGAAUUUUGAAUUCAAAAAUUUGGAUUCGCGAUUGAACUAGUGAGUGAGAGAUUUAGGGGGAAGGGUAAGAGGAUUUUUAGUGCAGUUUGUGGUUUUUGAUAGUGAUAUGUAUCCGUGGUACAGAGAAAGCGUUGCGGCAGCUGCCGCCGCAGGACUUGGAGGUCCUGUUGGUGUCGUCGGUUCUGGAUUUUGUUCAACGGCACCUGGACAAGGUGCCACGACUAUUAAAACUGAGAGUGGAUACUCUGACUGUAUGCUGGCACUUGAUUAUGUUCAGAGCAAGUAUCCUUCAAAUUUAUACUUUCAGAAAGCAUCAUUCGCGUGGUCAGACGCCGCGGAAGACGGCGGAGGAGGUGGGGGAGGAACCGUAGGAAAUAAUGGAACCGCGACGGGGAAUGGCAACACCGGGACAGGAACCACCGCCACAGGAGGUGGCGGGGGUGGGGGACUGGCCCACUGGGUCAGUGUUAUGGCUGAGCAUAUUCACAACCCCCAUUCCACAACCGGGGUCGGUGGAGUCCACCAUCAACAGCAAUCGCCUUCCCAGCCACCUUAUCCUUGGAACAAUGGACUCUCCAGUGACCAAUGCAACCCCCACGAGAAAGACACGGAUUAUUGGGGCACUGGACGAGGAGCAAAACAGGGCUACGAGCAUUUUUUGUUACAGGCCAAGAUGAAUGCUGAUCAUAACCAAUUACAAAAAGGUGAUGAUCAAUAUCGUGCUGGUGGAAGCAGCAGCGGAAGUCCUCCAGCAAGUCUUCUAGUUGUGCCACAACCUCUGACAGCUAAACCUUCACAUCCGUCGCAUCUUAAUCCCCAUCUAGGGGGUCCACAUCCACCGAGAAAGUAUCAGUGUAAAAUGUGCCCACAGAUAUUCGGCAGCAAAGCAGACCUCCAACUACACACGCAAAUCCACAUGAGAGAAGCUAAACCCUACAAGUGUACCCAAUGCUCAAAAGCAUUCGCUAAUUCGUCAUAUUUAUCACAACACACACGUAUACAUUUAGGAAUAAAACCGUAUCGUUGUGAAAUAUGCCAACGUAAAUUUACCCAAUUGAGUCAUUUGCAACAGCAUAUACGAACUCAUACUGGUGAUAAACCGUAUAAAUGCCGUCAUCCAGGUUGUACUAAAGCAUUUAGUCAGCUAAGUAAUCUACAGAGUCAUUCCCGUUGUCAUCAAACCGAUAAACCGUACAAGUGCAAUUCCUGCUACAAGUGUUUCUCCGACGAGCCGAGUCUUCUUGAGCAUAUACCAAAGCACAAGGAAUCAAAGCAUCUUAAAACUCAUAUUUGUCAAUAUUGCGGUAAAAGUUAUACCCAGGAAACGUAUUUAGCAAAACAUAUGCAAAAACACGCCGAAAGAACGGACAAAAGACCGCCAAUAAUCGGUACAGGUUUAAGGCCAUCAAUUCAUGCCGCAAUGGCGGCCGCAGCACAGCAUCAUCAAGAUGCAGCAGCGCAUCAUUACUGGCCAAAAGUAAGCCCUGAUUCGGUAAUAAGUGAAUUACAUGAUCGUUUACCUCACCAUCAUCAUCAUACGGACUAUCAUCAGAAUCCAAACGGACCGACUGAUAUGUUACUACAACAUGGCGGCGGCGGAACGGGAAAUGGCGGCGGUGGAACUGGGGCAGGCGGGCAUAGAGACAUUGAAAAUGACUCGAGGCAACAGACACCUCAACCACCGGGUGUCGGUGGUGGUGGGGGUGCUAAUCAUCACCCUAACAGUAGUAGUGCAUUUACACCGAUAUCGUCUAUUUCUAUUAAUUCUAUUUCGUCAAUGCAACAUCCCCUUAAUCCACUUAAUCAUUUACAUUAUCCUGGAAGCCAUCAUCCGGCUUCACGACCGUACUUAUAUGAUGCUUUUAAUACACAAAAAGCUUCACCAACUUCGUCGGCGGUAACUCCUGGUACUAAUAAUAAUCAGAAUACGACGUCUUUUCCUAAUCAGCUCAUCAGCUUGCAUCAGAUAAGGAAUUACGCGCAUCAACCUAAUUUAGGUAAUUUGGGAAAUUUGGGCAAUCUUAGUAAUCUCAGUAAUUUGGGUAAUAUUAGUGCGUCUAUGGAGGGACAUUCUUUACUUGGACUUAAAGAUAAACAAUAAUUUAUUUUAUUGUUUAUAUAUAUAUUUUUUAAUUGUUAUUAUUGUUAUUUAUUUAUAACUACCGUCUUAUCUUUUUUUAUGAAUAUCUCCAAAAAUAUGAGGUAUAUCAAAAAAAGUACAGAAUACUUUUUUGUAGAGCAUUUAAUUCUCCAUCAAAAAGUACUGAUUAAAAAUUUUCAUAAAAUGAAUAUUUAAAAAGUUACAGUAAUUACAAGUAUUGGAGUCAAGAGUUGUUUAAAAAAAUGAAGUUUUUUUUGUUAUCACAAAUUAUCUCAAAAAAUAAUGAAAAUAUCGAUAAAAUUAAUCAAUACUUUUUUGUAGAACGUUAAAUUCUCUAAAAAAAAGUACUGAUUAAAAAUUUUCAAAAAAUGAAUAUUUAAAAAGUUACAGUAAUUACAAGUAUUGGAGUCAAGAGUUGUUUAAAAAAAUGAAGUUUUUUUUGUUAUCACUGAUUAUCUGAAAAAAUAAUAAAAAUAUCGAUAAAACCAAUCAAUACUUUUUUGUAGAGCGUAAAAAUCUCUAUAAAAAAGGUCUGCAUGACAUUUUACCUAAAGUCGAUUCUCGAGGUUCAGGGAUCGAUUCCCCAGAAAUUUCGGUAGUCGACUAAAGAAUAAUUUUUUUAAAAUUUAAAGCGCGGGAUUAAAUUCAAAUAUCAAGAGAACUGACAAGAAUGGAAUAUUAAAAAUAACAACAAUAAUAAUGAUUAAAAAAAAAAAAAUUAAGACAGAUGACAUAAAAUGAGCGUACACUCAUGAGGGCACAAAUCGCGAAGUUUUUUUGUAAAAAAAAAAAUAGCGAAGAGAGACAAAGAGAUAGAGAUAGUAAAUAAUAAUGAAAGAUAGAAAUAAAUAUUUGGUGUAGGUAGAGUAGGUUGACGGUGCCACGAAAUAUAAAAGUAAAAAAAAAUGUGAAUGAAGUAAUUAAAGUUUAACACAAUUUAAAUAAAUAAAUAAAAAAAUAAUUGUAAUGUGUUGACUGCAUAUGAGUGGUAUGGAAAACCUCUUGUACAUAAUUAUUAUAUAAAUAUAAAUAUAUAUAAAUAAAUAUAUAUAUAUAAAUAUAUAUUAAAAAAAAAAUAUGAGAAAAUUAAAUAAAUAAAAUGAUAUAUUAAUUAUUAUUAUAAUUAUUGAUUAUAUUAAUAUUUUGUAGGUGUGUAAGGUGAAUUUAAAAAUUUAAAUAGACUUAAUAAUAAUAAUAAUUAUUAUUAAAAUUAUUAAUUAUGAAAAUUUAAUUAAAUUAAUUCAUAUAAAUAAUAAUUUUUAAAUAAAUAAUUCUAUGUACCUUCGAGGGAAAGAGAUUUGGAUAACUGACGCUGUCCAAUUUCACACAAAUUUUUUUUUACUUUUACUUUUAACUUUUUUUUUUUUAGAAAAAACAAAUGUAUGAACAAAAUAUAUUUUUAAUAUUCUGUUGAAAAUUUAAUAAUUUUUUAUAAUUUAAUAAUAAAAAUAAAUUAAUUUGAGGUAAAUUUUAUAAUUAUUUGUAUUGUCGUACAAAAAUUUUUUUUUUAAUAAAAAUUAAAAAUUCUUGUGUGAAUGAGACAAAUUUUUAAUUAUUAAAAAAUAGUAUAAAUAAUUAAUAAAAAAAAAAAAAAAUGCACAUUU